UGUGGAUAAUACUAGCUACUGUAGUUUAGUAUGGAUAUCUAUCAUGCUGCAUGGCCACGGCCUCGCUAGUAGCUCCAGUGCAUUGCUGGGGUCAAACAACAACAUUGCUGGGAUCUAGUGCUGGGGUCAACUGUUGGAAUCCAACGUGGGUUGAGAUGGAUGCAUUUGCCCUAUCACAAUACUCCAGGAAGACCCCUCACUUGGGGGGAAUCUGAAAUGGAAUCCAUUAUUUAUGAUUCGAUUCAUCAUUCAUCAUAGCAUGUUCAUAAUCAAGUCGUCACAUUUCAUCACCACUGUUGGCGGCAACCGAUGGCUUCUGCAGCUUUUUCAUCAGGAUUCUAUUCAUUUGAUCUGGAAAACAGUAUGGUACUACGCUAGCUAGUAUUUAGAAUUGUUUCCGCACAAUUCAUUAGUCUAGUAGACUACUUUCAUCGCCAAGAUUGAAUGAUGAAUACCUACCUGUAAUGGGUGGCCCCACCGGUCUACAAUGGGACUGACGCCUCGUGACUGACACUUCAAACUGCAACAUCUUUCCGCGACCACUCAUCUCAUCAUGGACGACCCAACCAAGUACCGUACGUACAUCGCACAUCGAUCUCCAAAAGAUCCACGGACCUCAAACCAAAACCACACAGAAGCCAUUUCCAUGGCCGAAUGAAUAAGAAAGAGAGUAAUGCAUCAGGUUGCAUCCUUUUGAAAAGAUACAAAGGAGAGAAAGAAGGAGGGGCUUUUUACCUUUGGAGCCGACGAGAGGAACGGCUGCUUCUAGACAAUAGAAGAAUCCUAACGUCACCAUGAAGGUCUCGCACAGAUCAGCCGUUGGAGUUUCUUCCAGGAUACUAUUGCUUGUGAUGAUCCCCACAGUUGCUUCCUUUGUCGCCAAUACCUUUCCUUUCAGGUAUCAACAAUCUACAGUUCUCUUUGGAUUCAAGCGAGCGACUAUUGUGGACAAGUACAAGAAGAAAUCCAACAAAAACAAUAAGUCCAAAGAAGCCUCCGUGAAGAAAUUGUCUGCAUCAAAUGAUCUCUUGACCAAUCAUCGCCAUCGACUCUCCAUGGCGGGUAAAAUUGGAGCUCUCCGGUAUGCAGAUCCUACCAAAAUUUUCAUUGGCAAUUUGAAUAACCACACGAAACCAAUUACGAAAUUGAUUCUCCCCUUGGUUGCCACUCCCUGGGAUAUUGCCAAGAUUCAAAUUGUACGAGAUUGGAAGACUGGAGACAGCAAGGGCUAUGCCUUUGUGGGAUUUGCCGAACCCAUUUUUGCCACUUUGUGUUUGCAAGAGCUACGGGGCCACGAAUUUUUGGGGCGGGUUCUUUCUGUCAAACCAGCCAAAAGCAAGAGUGAAUCGCCACUUCGACAAGAACAACGACAAGGACAGCUACACCUCAAGGCAUUGCGUCGUGCCCAAAAUCCACCACCACCCCCACCUGCUCCCAAACAUGAAGAUCCCGCCUUUUUGGCCUUUCUCGAUCCCGAUUUGGCAGUCGGAUUGGAAGCCGUGGGGACAGAUGACGAGGACGACACAGAUGAUGACGAAUAUGAUGGAUGGGAAGUACCCGGGUCGGCACCUCCCAAGGGAUUUGGAUGAAUAACAAAACGGCGGUGAACGUUGUAAAAGUUUUAGACAACAACAACAUUUUCUUGGAUGCAUGUUCAUGCCGUGGUGUGGAACUCUCGUCUCCGUGCCGGUGCACGGUACCUCUAGCUAGGUACUGGCCGAUACCAUACUUUAUUAGCAGUUUGAUUGCUUGGGCGCACCAGAGUGCGUGGCUUCAAAACGAAGCAGUUUCCUUUAGGUUUUUACGGUAGAAGGUAAUUUUACUAAGUAAUGGUGCCGUGCGUCUAUGGAGU